GGCGGCUUCGAAAGCCGCCCUGGGCGCACGUUCUUAGGCGACCCUCUCUGUUUCCGCGGCGGUCUUAGAGACGCUUCUCUCGGACGCUGCUCUGGGGAUGCGACCGGGCACAGUUCCCUACUCCACAUCUGGGUCGAGUUGGAGGUGGACCCCUUGAGUCUGACACGGCCGGCCCGAGCCCACGGCCUGUCGCUAUGACGUGUGGUUUUCAGAAGUUGUUUUCUGUGGAAGAGGACUUUGAAGAUGAGGAUUUCUUAUCUGCUUUGGAGAACGCAGAGAACCACGUUGUUACUGCGCUUCCCAGGGAUGCCGGGAGCCUGAGACCUGUCUCCUCCAGACCACAGGAGACUCCGCAGACACAAUCCUCAAGACCGAUGCCAUCGGACCCCACCUCCAACCAGUCAGUCCCAAGACUGUGUCUCCCUACCUCCAGCAUGCCGGAGAAUGCCAAGGCUCCACUCAGCACAGGAGCAAUGUCCCUGAGACCUGCCUCCAUUUCUAGCAGCAGCUUGGGUAGUCAGCAAAGAAUGACAGGAGCAGAGGUGUUCCAGGAGUCGUCAGGACCCCAGUCCUCAGCCGCACACCCUGGAUAUAUCUUUGAGAGCCAUCAACAGGGCAUUGGUGACUUUGAAGCACCUGAUGAAGAUGAGUUUGACAAGGCCCUGGCAAGCAUGGAGCUUGAGAGAGCUGGCUUGGAGCUAGAAGCUGACAGUGGAGCCACCCAGACCCUGCCUGCCAAGCACCGUGAGGAUCCUGUGUUGGCAAAAAAGGCCCGAGUAGCUGAUCUGAGCGGAUCGUUCCAGAAGGGGCCCAUGGUCCACUGUAGAAACCCAUGGCCUGCCUUGAGACCUACAACGGCCACAGGCAGCCUUCCUGGCCCAGCUACAUCAUGCGUUUCCACUUCCCAUCAAAGGGGCUCCCCUGUUCCUGCACCUCAGUAUCUGCCAGUGGCUGGGAGGACCAUCCGAAACAGCCCACAGAAUUAUGUGCUGGGCCAGCCACUUCAGUCUCCCAGAGCGUGGUCAAGUGGCAAACCCCGUUUUUCUGGACCUCAACGUCCCCACAGCAGCUCUGCAGCAUUUUGUCAGGGGCCCUUGUCAUCCCGAGCCCCAGUGUCUUCUGUUGAAUCUCCUGUCAGCACCCCCAGAAAUACUUCCACCCCAGUAACUCAGCCAGCUCUUCAGACACCUGUAGUCACCAACCACUUGGUACAGCUUGUCACUGCUACCAACCGGACACCCCAGCAGCCCUCCCGCCCCUCCAUUAGAGCUAAAACCCGCCGCUUUCCUGGCCCAGCAGGACUUCUGCCUCACCAACACAGUGGGGAGAAUCUGGAGGAGAUCAUGGUUUCCACACCCCAGACUCCGACUCACGGGGCCCUGGCUAAAUUCCAGACUGAGAUGGUUACCAGUUCCCAGGGAUCUGUGGAAGAAGAUUUUGGACGGGGGCCCUGGCUCACCAUGAAAUCUGCUCUGGGCCUGGAUGAAGGAGACCCCACCUGCUUUCUCUAUACCUACAGUAUUGUCAUGGUGCUGCGCAAGGCAGCCCUCAAGCAGCUCCCCAGGAACAAGGUCCCCACCAUGGCGGUGAUGAUCAAGUCCCUGACUCGGAGCACAAUGGACGCCAGUGUGGUGUUUAAGGACCCCACGGGAGAGAUGCUUGGAACGGUGCACAGAGUGCUUCUAGAGACACACCAGAGAGAGCUGAAGCCUGGCUCGGUGCUGCUGCUGAAGCAGAUUGGAGUGUUUUCUCCUUCCCUCAGAAACCACUACCUGAAUGUGACACCCAACAACCUGGUCCACAUUUACAGUCUAGAUUCUGGGGAUGGGGACUUCCUCGAGCCACCUCAGUCCUUGCCCAAGGAUCUGGGAAACUCCCAUGGAAGCCUCCAGCCUGAUGUGGCUGCAGAGCCCACACGGGGCCUCAGAAUAGCACAGAACCCAGCGGUGGCCUCUCCAGAAGAAGAGCUCUCAGAGGCAGAUGACCUGGAUGGACUCCUGAGUGAGCUCCCCGAGGACUUCUUCUGUGAGCCCAGCAGCUGGGGCUAUCUCAAGACAGGGCCUCCACCAUGAGCUGGCAGCCUCUUUGCUCCCAGACAAGCUAGGUGCGUGGGAGAGAACGCCAGUGUAGCUGGAGACGGCUCAAGCCCAUGGUCUGAUGCCUCCCACAGCCACCUUGGAAUGCCUAGUGAUGGGCCAGACAGUGGGCUGCCUGGCUUAACGACGCGACGACUUCCUUUGGCAUGGGCAUCUUGGAAAUCUGAGCAAGGCUUGCAUCCCUACAUCCUUAUCCCUCUGGCACAUCGUCCUCCUGCCAAUAAGAAAAGUGGGAUCCUCCCACCCCAUCCUAACUUUCGAAAGGCUGGGCCUGAUUUCCUUGUCCCUUUAUUCUUCAAUCCCCUGCCAGCUGAGGAACCCAAAGGAGCCACAACCACAGCAGAGGUGACCUGAGGCCUGUCGCUAACUCUUGUCCACCAGGGUGACUGUGAAGUGCAGGCUGCUGUACCUGGUUCUGAAAUAAAGCAUCCCUUCCUCAUUUG